CGGACGUUCUACGCAGCGUUGCACCUGCACACCGGAUAGCCCCCACCAUGGAUCGUCUUGAUUCCUUCGCAACCUCUCUCUCUAGCCUUUCGCUCUAUGACAUCAAGGCUAUGUAUAAUCAGGCUAAAAAUGCUGUACUGAAUGUCAGCGAGAUGGAAGCUAAAGUACGGGAAGCGACAAACGACGAGCCUUGGGGGGCAAGUUCCACAUUAAUGCAAGACAUCGCACAAGGGACAUUCAACUUCCAACAUUUCAAUGAAGUCAUGCCUGCCAUAUAUGCCCGAUUCAUGGAAAAAGAGGCGCGACAGUGGAGGCAGAUUUACAAAGCCUUGCAAUUGCUUGAAUAUCUCGUAAAGCAUGGCAGCGAACGCGUUGUCGACGAUGCGCGUUCUCACAUAUCGACCUUGAAGAUGCUUCGGAAUUUUCACUACAUCGACGAGAAAGGAAAGGAUCAGGGUCUGAACGUUCGUAACCGCGCACGCGAACUGGUUGAAUUGCUCUCCGAUGUGGAAACUAUCCGUACAGAGAGGCGCAAGGCAAAGACUAACCGCCACAAAUACACUGGCACUGGCAAUGACCCUAUGAGCUUUGCGUCUGGGGGAAGUCGCUAUGGGGGCUUCGGGAAUGAUAGCUUUGUUGGAGGAACUGGCGGUUAUUAUGGUGAUAGAAUGAGCGGCAGAGAUGAUUUUGGUGGCUCUUCGGGAGGCAACUCAGGUUAUACAGAUAGCGCGGGCCGCAGAGACUUCGAGGAAUACACAGCCGGUGAUGACGAAAGCGUUGUUCGCAGGUCCAAUUCUGUGAACAAUGGUCAUAGUACUUCUCGUUCAGCGGGCACUCCCGCGUCCCCACUGCGGACACAGGCAGCUUCGGCUCCGCGCAAGCAGAAGGAGCCAGAGGUUGAUCUGUUAGGUGGAUUUGACGAGGAGCCUACUGGGGUUUCUGACUUCCGCGCUGCUUCCACUAAUACCAACAAGGCAUUACCCUCACUGGCUGCUAGCAUCGACGAUGACGAUUUUGCAGAUUUCCAGGUCGCACCCACAUCUCCCACGCAUUCAUCUACUUCUUCCAAGCCUACCCUUCUGGAGAUGCUCGGUUCGAGUCCCCCACAACCGACUGCUACGCCUCCUGUUGCCGCAGCCAAGUCCACGAUUACGCCUUCUACGUUUACAAAUACCUCUUUCAACGCAUUUGCCGCCGCCACCACGACAGCCGCGAAAGCUGUAAACACUCCAGUAGUCGCACCUGCUCCAAGCAACUUAUGGGCAGCUUCACGGCCUCUCUCGCCAACGAGUCUCUCUCGCACUACUGCCCGGACAUCGUCUGCCGGUAACAGAGCCUCAAUGUCUCACACAAUUCCUUCGGCGCCUACCCCUUCGAAAGGGCUAUCUGGUUUCGAAGACUUGUGGUCAAUGUCUCUCGGUUCAACGUCUUCUGCGCCGGGUGGCAAACCAUCAUCUAACGGGAAAUCGAUCAAGGACCUCGAGAAGGCGAAGGCUGAAGCUGGGAUAUGGGCAUCAUCUCAGAAGCCUGUAACCGCACCGAUAGGGAUGGGAGGUGGUGCUUUGAGCGGUAGUUUUGGGAAUUUGGGCCCUGUGAAACCCGGAGGUGCAUCUUCGGCUGCGGGAGGUGACGGUGAUGAUUUGCUACUCUAAGCGGACGACCCUGUGGAACCCGGUUCAGGAUCUGCUGUUGCUUAUGGUAGGGAUGAUUACCAUUUACUAUCGCAAAAUAAUUUUGCGGAUCUCGCCCUGCACGUGUCGGUACCCGUUUUUCACUUGGUGCUCUCAAAUUGCUCCGCAUGUAAGGCCACAGUUGCAAGUAUGCCACCUAAACCAUUUGACUCGGAAUCGUACUUUCGGACCCUUGAUCAGCUUGGAUAUCCCUGGAACACUGGUGCUCCGAGCUUUUAUUCCCCCCGAAACUGAUUUCAUAUAGUCAUUGUGUUCCGCUACAUAAUAGGGCCCGUACAUUAACUGUAGGGUCCAUGACAAGUUAGAUGCUUGCUUGCCUCGUGAAAUAGUACUUGUAGUGGCGAUCAGGACUCCAAUUUAGUAUAGAGACGGGUGGCUUCGUGUUAU